UCCUCUUUUGUCUUCAAUUUCAUUACUUUCUUCUGCAUCUCUAGAUUCACUGUGCCUCACAUUGGGUUUUCAUUUCUGUUUUUGUGUUUCACUUUCAAGUUUCACCUACUUAGUUUUAGUUUGGUUUUUACUUCACCAACUUCUGAUAGAAAUCAAGGUCUAGGAUUUCCAUAAUAAAAAGAAAAGACGAGAAAGGUAAGUUAGAUUUGGGAUAAUGGGAGCUUCAAGCUCCAAAAUGGAGGACGAAAAGGCGCUUCAACUGUGCCGCGAAAGGAAGAAAUUUGUUAGGCAAGCACUCGACGGACGUUGCUCAUUAGCAGCUGCAUAUGUUUCAUAUGUUAAGUCACUGAAAAUUGUAGGAACAGCUCUAAGAAAAUUCACAGAACCUGAAACUCACGUUGAGUCUUCCUUAUACACUAAUGCAACACCAGAAGCACUUGCUUUAACUGAUAAGGCAUUGUCACACUCUUCACCAUCUAUGUCACAACACAUUGAUGCAUCUCCAAUUCUCUCUCCUCCUAGUAGUUCUAACAAGUUCUACACAAAUCAUAUGAAACUUAGCGGUUUUUCUUCGAAAAAAGUCGAAGAAAAACCACCUGUACCUGUUAUAGGAACAGUAACAACAUCGUCAAGCAUUGCACAGAAUGGAAGUAGAAUGUCUGAGACAGAAGCAUUUGAAGAUUCUUCUCUUCCAGAUGGAACUCCACACUGGGAUUUCUUUGGUCUUUUUAAUCCAAUCGAUCAUCAGUUUUCUUUUCAAGAAGGGAAAAGCAACAUGCCUCAUGAUAUAGAUAACGGUGGUGAUGAUAUACAACUUGUAAGGGAGGAGGAAGGAAUUCCUGAGUUGGAAGAUGAUGAUGAAGAGAAGGUUUCUUCUAGUUGCUCGCACGAAUCCAAAGAUGAAUUUGAUGAAGAGCCUACUGCAGAAACUCUAGUCCAAAGAUAUGAAAAUCUAAAUAGAGCUAAUAACCGUGUUCAAGCAAAUGUUUUGCAUGAUACAACAACUAAGCCUGUGAAAGGGGAUUCAACUUCUGAAGUUGAAUUGGUAAAUGGCGAGAAGGGAAGAAACCCUCCGAAUUUGUCUGCAUCGAAGACUCCGGAAACAAAUAAAUCAGCGGAGAAAGAGAAUCAUAGUGAAAAUAAAGUCACUCCUAAGAAUUUCUUUUCAAGUGUGAAGGAUAUUGAGGUUCUCUUUAUUAGAGCUUCGGAAUCUGGUGAAGAGGUUCCAAGGAUGCUUGAAGCAAAUAAAUCUCACUUUCGACCAAUAUUCGCAGGAAAAGAAAAUGGUUCUUUGGCAUCCUUAUUUGUUAAGGCAUGUUUCUCAUGUGGGGAGGAUCCAAGUCAAGUUCCAGAAGAGCCGGCUCAAAACUCAGUUAAGUACUUAACCUGGCAUAGAACAGCAUCAUCUCGAUCCUCCUCAUCUAAAAACCCUUUGGAUGCAAACUCAAGAGAAAAUUUAGAGGAUGUCACAAAUAAUCUCUUUGAUAGUUCGUAUAUGAUCUCUGGAAGCCAUGCAUCAACCUUGGAUAGGCUAUAUGCUUGGGAAAAGAAGCUCUAUGAUGAAGUGAAGGCUAGUGAGAUUGUGAGAAACGAAUAUGACAUGAAGUGUAAAAUCUUAAGGAACCUGGAAUCAAAAGGAGAAAAAACCUCCACAAUCGAUAAAACUCGUGCUGCAGUCAAGGAUCUGCACUCAAGAAUCAGAGUUGCGAUUCACAGGAUAGACUCUAUAUCAAAGAGGAUUGAGGAGUUGCGGGACAGAGAGCUUCAGCCACAACUUGAGGAAUUGAUUGAAGGAUUAAAUCGAAUGUGGGAAGUGAUGCAUGAAUGCCACAAGCUUCAGUUUCAGAUCAUGUCAGCAUCUUAUAACAACAGCCACGCUAGAAUCAUGAUGCACUCCGAAUUACGGAGACAGAUUACUGCCUAUCUUGAAAAUGAACUCCAGUUUCUAUCAUCAAGUUUUGCCAAGUGGAUUGAAGCUCAGAAAUCCUAUCUCGAGGCUAUAAAUGGUUGGAUUCACAUAUGUGUUCCUCUUCAACAAAAAUCAUCCAGGAGACAAAGGAGGCCACAAUCUGAAACUCUUAUAGAACGCGGCCCUCCAAUAUACGCCACGUGUGAUGUCUGGUUGAAAAAGCUCGGCACAUUACCUGUCAAAGAUGUUGCAGAUUCUAUUAAGAGCUUAGCAGCUGAUACGGCCCGUUUCUUACCAUAUCAAGACAAGAAGAACCAGGGAAAGGAUGCUAGUGAAUUAGCAGAUGGUUUAUUAAGAGAUGAUGUCUCAGAAGAUUGGAUUUCGGGUUUUGAUCGGUUUCGGGCAAGCUUGAUUCGAUUUCUCGGUCAAUUAAAUAGUUUGUCUGGUUCUUCUGUCAAAAUGUACAAAGAACUUAGACAAGCUAUUCACUAUGCUAAGAGCAAUUACCAUCGAUUGAAUUCUCAGUCUCAAAACGGUCAUUUGAAUUCUCAGUCUCAACAUGGUCACCAUGAUUCUGAAUCACAUGAUGAGCACUCAAAGUCACAAUCUCAAGUAGUUUAGUCUUGAAAUGAACAUCCAAAGAACAAGAGAUGUUGUGCAUAAUGCAUCUUUUUAAAAAAAUUAGAGAAGGAGAAAUUAACAUUAAUGAAAGUGACAUUAAUGCUUAUUUUACAACUGCUUUCGAGAAGAUUUGAACUGCAUCCCUUGAGGUUAUUGUACAUGAAGGGAGGAUAUAAUAAAGUCUUUGUUUAUUUGCUAUAUUUAUUAGUUUAGUUCUUUUAAGAAUAGAAGGGAGCAUAUAGAAUUUUCUGGAGAGUUUGUGGAUUGAUGGUUACAUAUUCAGCUGUAGCCUGUAAGUACUAGGCUUUAAUGAUGAAGAAAUUUGAGGGCCAAGAUAAAACUUGUAUAAUGCCAUAUAUUUUGUAAACAAAUCAAAAGGGAUUAUGGAAAUAAUUUCUUGUACUUUCUUUAUUGAUUUUCCUUGCUGAUGUCAAUAUUGUUUC